CGAAGAGGGCAGGGCUGCUUAUGAUAAGCGCCCAGGUCCUUUAGUAAGCGCCAGUUAUAGUUAUCGGGACAGGGUUGUUCUCCCUCCCUUGAGACUAGGCCGCAGAAAGGGUCUGGGGCUCCGGUCGCACUUCCUGGCGAUGCUGCAUGCUUCUCGCAACGUCGGAUCUCUGGGCCCUGGGCGAUCGAUGCACACGCCCGCCCGGCUUGGCCAGGGAGGCGCGCACGCCGACCCUCGGCCUGGGAGGAGCCCUGGUCGGGGCCCGGGCAUGCGCACGGUUCCCUUCGCCCGGGCACGGGGCCCUCCGGCGCCAGCGUCAUCGAGUUGACGGCCGCCCGGCACAGGACCCGAGGUUCCCGCCGAAGGAGGACCGCCGGAGCAGGCGCACGGCGUUGGCGCCGCCCUCCAUCUCGAGGGCGCGCGGGGCGGGCAGGCCCUCGUGGGUACUCGUCCACGGCUGGCCCGCCGCAGGGCGCCAGCUGCUGCAGGUCCGCCCAGGCGUCGUGGACGACGUCCUGAUCGUCCGCUGGGACCCACGAGCCGCCGCCGCCCUCCUCGUCCCCGAGCAGCGGCAGCGCGGGCCUGCCCGCCGCGUGGCGCGCGCCCACGCCGAGCAGCCGCACGGCCUGGCGGAGCGCGGUGGUGGUGGUGGCGCCCGAGAGCCGUCCCGCGGGCGCGCGGAGCCCCAGCCGGCGGCGCACCCCCGCGUCGGAGGCGAGCAGCGCCAACGCCCGGCACUCGGCGCGAUGCUCCGCGCGCGCGGCGGGCAGCGCCGCGCAGGCGGCGCAGAAGCGGGCGACGCCGCAGCGGGCGCAGGGCCGGGCGCCCGGGCGCGGGCUCGAAGCACCGGCUGCACCGCCUGCCAGCUCGCGGUCCGUGAGCACGGCCGAGAGUGGCGCGCAGCGGAGCACCGUCUCUCCGGCCCUCACCCCGCGGGAGGCCACGCAGCCCCUGCCCGCCCCCGUGGCCACCACCUCGGGAGGGGGCGGCGUCACGGGUUGGGCGGGGCUCGUUGGGGGGGUCAUAAAUGGGGGGGGUCGAAACGGUCCCUUUUGUGCCCGUUUCGGGCCCCUUCGGAACCCCAGGGGGCUCGUUCAGGUACCGUUUGGGUACCUUUCUCGGACCACCCUCGCCAAGCCCCCUAUUUAUGACCCCUCUGUUACGCAACGCCCAAGGGGUGGGGGCAGGCCCGCUCCGGGGAGCAGACACUGAGCGGGAAUCGGCGAUGCAUCGCCGAUGGAUCGGCGACAGGCCCCUGAUGGCAACACCGCACGGACCCCGGCGGGGUGCGCGGGGCGAUCAGUGGGCCAUUGGGGGUCAAUGUGCCCCCACGUGAGCCGAUCCUCUCCUAACGUUGCCCUGGACCUCGUAGGGGAAGGGCCAGGACUGACCCGCGGCAACCAUCUGGCGGCCGGCGCGGCGCUUCGGGGCGGGAGAGGGGGAAGAGGGAGGACAGAUUCCUCUAGGUUCCCAGGAAGGGAGGGGCUGGCCACUGGGUCCUCUCGCAAGCCGAGAGACAGCGGGUACAGUCCCCGAGGCUGUCCCCGCAGAGGGAAUGGCUGGGGCCGUGGGCCGCGAACGCUUGAGCGCGAACGGCUACCCCUGCAGACUGAUGCUUCUCUUCUCC